AUGGCCGCAUAAGCUAAUCUCGGUACGCUAUAUUUAUAAACUGGAAAACCAUAUCUAUAAACUCAGCGAACGUCGGAAAAGAAUAUUGGGAGAUUCUACGAACGUUAGAGAAGAAAAUCGUGCAACGGUGGAAUUUGGCGAAUGAAGCACGCAGUGUCACUGCAAUUUCUGUUUUCAAAUCCGAGCAUGCGUUCUGCCAUCGUGAGUUCGCAGCCGUGUUCUCGGUAUUAGAGCCCCACAGAAUUGAACGCGUACAACUUCAGACGGUGCAACGAGAGACCUUCCAUUGCGAAGUCGUACGUAAGCGUCGCACGUACAUACGUGCAUGCACCGUAAGCUAUCUCGAGCGAUCGUUAGAGGCUUCAUCGACGGAUUUUGCUGGCGCGCUAACCAGUGACUCGUCUGUUGGCGCGUGUCGUUCGAAAAAUGUGUCGGCGCUUGCCGCGGAAGUGGCACCCCGAACUUGUGAAUUCUACGUGGUCGACGAAUACUCGUCAACAGGGGAAACCUCGAGAGAACGAGGAUCGCGAGAUCUGAAGCUACUGAUCGACGGCGUGUCCGCGACAACACGCAUACACGGACGUGACAGCGCACAUACGUCAAGUUACAUGGCGAGUUAUUCACGAGGGCGAUCCUCCAGACAGUCCGACUUCCUGUUCAGUGAUACGAUGGACGAUGACGUUGACGAGAAGGAUGACACGAAACGAAAAUCACGAAAUCUGAGCGAAAAGAAACGGAGAGAUCAGUUCAAUAUGCUCGUGAACGAACUUGGUAGCAUGGUCAGCUCGAAUACGAGGAAAAUGGAUAAAUCCACAGUACUGAAGUCCACCAUUUUAUUUUUAAAAAAUCACAACGCUGUCAGAUCGAGGGUACACGAGAUUCAAGAAGAUUGGAAACCGUCGUUCUUGUCCAACGAAGAAUUUACGCAUCUAAUAUUAGAGGCUCUGGACGGUUUUAUAAUGGUAUUUUCUUCAAGCGGCCGCAUUUAUUAUGUGUCUGAAAGCGUCACGUCUCUUCUCGGGUAUCUUCCGAACGAACUGGAGAACACGACGAUCUACGAUAUCACUUAUCAAGAGGAUCAAUCUCCUCUCUACAACGUACUUCUGAAUCCUGCAAUCACAAAAGACCAACGAAACAUUAAACAGGAGGAGAAAAUAUCUUUUUCGUGUCAUAUCAAAAGAGGAGGCAUAAACGUUCAAGAAAAUCCAAUAUACGAGCUUGUGCAAUUUGUCGGAUAUUUUCGUUCUGACGUCGAUACGGACGCGGAUAACUUGCUUCCGAACACGAAAUUCAGCAAUACUAGUGGAAUAGAUACGAAAUUAGUUUUCGUGGGUACAGGACGCCUCCAGACGCCACAAUUGAUUCGCGAAUUAUCGGUGAUGGAUAACACAAAAUCGGAAUUCACUUCGCGACAUAGCCUCGAGUGGAAAUUCUUAUUUCUGGAUCAUCGAGCGCCGCCUAUCAUCGGAUAUUUGCCAUUCGAAGUGUUAGGCACGUCUGGAUAUGAUUAUUAUCACGUAGACGACUUGGACAAGGUGGUUACUUGCCACGAAUCACUGAUGCAGAAGGGUGAAGGAACCUCCUGUUACUACAGAUUCCUCACGAAGGGGCAACAAUGGAUAUGGUUGCAAACUAGAUUUUAUAUCACGUACAAUCAGUGGAAUUCGAAGCCAGAAUUUAUCGUCUGCACGCAUUACGUUGUCAGUUACAUCGAUGUGAUUAAGGAAUUGCGUAAGGAGUCGGAAAGUUUUAACAAGGAGCAGAGUCAGGAUGUUCUGAUGCCAGUGGAACAACAGGUGACCACGUCUUGUCCAGUUCCUCCGACACAAUGGCCAGCGAAAUCGUCGAAAACGUCGAAAUCGAUAGCAUCGAACACACGGCCACGACAUCACGUGGAGAGCUCCGAUAGUUCGUCGAUGUCGGCGUCUAUGCAAAGCUCGCCGCAUUCGCAAAUAACGCACGUUUCACGAUCGAAAGGCGCCUCGGCGAAUAGCUCUGUGCCGUCGAAAACUCAAAUGCCUCAAAUCGAUAACAGACAACAGCAGCAACAACAGCAGCAGCAGCAACAGCCGCAACAACAAUCUUUGUUGGAGGUUGAUCAAAGUUGCAUCAACUUUAUGGAACAAGCGCAGUACACGACUGUUAAUUUGCAACCUGUGGUUAGCACAGGCUUCGUAACUCCUGCCGCGCCAAUUAUAUCCACAUUGCCAACACACGAGAUGUUACAUCAGCAAGAUAUCGUGAUGACACCAGCACAGAAUCAAAUUCAAGACGAGCUGCAACGGAAACACGAAGAACUGCAACAAUUAAUAGUGCAUCAGCAAGAAGAGUUACGAAGAGUGUCGGAACAGUUGUUCAUAGCUAGAUACGGUAUUUUAUCGCCGUUGCUCAACACGGGCAUGCCGUACAAUACUGCGAAUACGUGUCAACAGAUGAAUAGGUGCAACACGAACAAUUCGAACGUUCAGUUGCCGACGUCUAGUAACGUUCAAGGAGUAAACGUUCUUCCUUUACCGAUUACCGUUCCAGUACCAAUCGUGCCUACAGAGUUGUUCUCUCAUCCGUUGACAGUCAGUCCAGUGCCAACGAUGUCGACUACGGCGCAAGGUAACGUAGGUACGAUGAUCCAAACGCAACAGCAGCAGCACCAGCAGCUGCAACAUCAGCAGCAACAGUCUCAACAGCAAGCACCAACGCGACAAAAUGGCAACCCACCGGAUCUCGUGCCUUUCCAAAUGUGUCCACAUCAAGCGGAUAUACUGUAUAACGAGAUAGAGCCAUCCGCGAAUCAACAACAGAGAUCGUCGCAAAAUUGAAAAAAUCCCUUUCUUCGAUUCUCUAUCGGGGAUCUCCGUUGAAAUUCUUCGGUUAAGGAACUGAUAUUUGAAGUUGAAAAGAAAUUUGAUCGGGGAUUCGUCCAAGAUGGAAUGGAUAUCGAGGAACGUAGCUUCGAUCGUCGCGAAUCGAAACGCGUCAUGCAAUUCUGUUCGCGUCUCAGAAACGAGACACGAAGAAUUUCGUAUUUUUAUACAAAUGUGAGAUGUAUGUACAAAAUAUAUUCCGUGUAAGAAGCGAAGUCGUGUUUGUAACGCAGAUGAUGAGAAUUUCUGUUUGCUUUGAUCGAUCCUCUCGAUCAUAUUUGCAUUAAUUUUUUGAAAAGAAGAAAAAUUCGACUAAAAAGAGAUUUUUUGUGCUAAAGAAAAGAUAAAGAAUUCAAGUCCAUGGUACUUUUUAUCGUUGUGACGCAUUCUCGAGUGUCAAAAUUCUCUUGCAUAUCGUGUAUAUUUGUCUGUUUAAUUUACGUCGAAAGUACCAUACUAAAAAUUCGCUGCAAAACUCCUUCGUUAUUUAUUUACGAUCUACGCGAGAUAAUUUUUCAAAACGUCGAUAUUUAUUCCUUGAAGUUUAAGGGGCCACUUUGUAUCUCCCACGACGUAUAUACAUAUGUGUAAAAAUUCUGUAUAAAGUUUAUCCACUCGGUGAAACCGUAUGCGUGAACUGGCUCUUUGAGUCGGACAUAACAAAAGAAUAGUUGUUUGAUUGAUUUAAAAAAGUACAAAACACAGGUAAAAUUACUUGGAACUCUGAUCGAACGCUUUGUGUUCAAAAUACGUGUGUAUCUCAGACGAUAAAGUUUGAGAAUUAUUUUUGUUAUUCACCGGACCACAUAGAACAUAGAAACUAAAAAGAACCGAAUUUUUCAAAAAACAGGGUAUAUUUACAUAUGUAUGUAUACAAGGUAUUUUUGUUACGAAUUCUCAACGUCUUUUUUUUUCGUAAACGAUAGAUUUGUCCCAUUUCUCUCACAAACCUACCGCUUGUUAGAAAAACACUGGCGUCUAAUACCACAAAUUUACCUUGUAUAUAUAUAUAUAUGGUUAUGAAGGCGAAAAAAAGAAAGUACAAUAAUAUAUUUUGUUGUAAAUGUAUCACAAUAAUAAGCUACUUGUAAAUGUACGUGUCUAUAGAGAAACAACGUGUAUUAUACCCGUGUGUAUGGCAUCGAAAUCGAUAUAUUUUACGAUCAUGAUCGUGUUAGAUGGAUUAUACAUAUGUAUGUAUACAUAUUACACGUGUUAUACGUAUAUUUAUUGAAACAUAGGAUUCAUAUACAUUCCGAUGAAUUAGCCGAAUCCCGAUAAACGUAUCUGCAGGCUAUUACGUGUUAAGACAAUAACUUUUCUCACGUAUGAUUGUAAAUUAUGGUAUAAAAAUUUGAGAAUUAUAUACAUAUUCAACGUGCAAAUAAAGGUUCCUAAAAACAGCGAGA